AUGCUGGAGACCCCCACGCUGGAGACCCCCACGAUGGAGACCCCCGCGCUGGAGACCCCCGCGGUGGAGACCCCCCGCGCUGGAGACCCCCGCGGUGGAGACCCCCCGCGGUGGAGACCCCCACGCUGGAGACCCCCACGCUGGAGACCCCCACGAUGGAGACCCCCGCGUGGUGGAGACCCCCACGAUGGAGACCCCCACGGUGGAGACCCCCCGCGGUGGAGACCCCCACGCUGGAGACCCCCGCGGUGGAGACCCCCCGCGGUGGAGACCCCCACGCUGGAGACCCCCACGGUGGAGACCCCCACGCUGGAGACCCCCACGCUGGAGACCCCCACGAUGGAGACCCCCACGCUGGAGACCCCCGCGGUGGAGACCCCCACGCUGGAGACCCCCACGCUGGAGACCCCCGCGGUGGAGACCCCCACGCUGGAGACCCCCACGCUGGAGACCCCCACGAUGGAGACCCCCACGCUGGAGACCCCCCGCGGUGGAGACCCCCACGGUGGAGACCCCCCGCGGUGGAGACCCCCACGCUGGAGACCCCCACGCUGGAGACCCCCACGGUGGAGACCCCCGCGGUGGAGACCCCCCGCGGUGGAGACCCCCCGCGGUGGAGACCCCCACGAUGGAGACCCCCGCGGUGGAGACCCCCCGCGAUGGAGACCCCCGCGGUGGAGACCCCCACGAUGGAGACCCCCGCGGUGGAGACCCCCGCGGUGGAGACCCCCACGCUGGAGACCCCCACGCUGGAGACCCCCACGCUGGAGACCCCCGCGGUGGAGACCCGCGUGGUGGAGACCCCCACGAUGA